AUGAAAGACUUGGUGCGCCGUACCUCUGCUGUAAGGUUUCGUGCCAGCUUCAAAGUCUCUUCUUGGGUUGGGGUGCCAUCCCAGAUCUGCCUUCCGUUGUUGCCAUCCCCAGAAGAGGAACAACGACGCAUACCACGGCUAGAGUUUCGGAGGAGGCAUGCUGCUGAAAUGAUCUCUCUGCACACGGUCAACAACCCAGUUGACGAGACCGAAGAAGCCACGUCAAAAGAAUCUGGCAACAAUGGAGCCCCGAGCCUCUACAUGUACUAUUUACAGAAGGAAAAGGCCAAUGCCCCCGAAGAUGCAAAGAAGACUAGAACUGAGGAAGGUGAUCUGACAGAGAGUACGACUACUGACGACAGCAGGAACUUUGAAGAGGAAUGGUUGAUGCUUUCUCCUCCUAGUCUCAACACGACUCAUGCCAACACCAGCGGUGUGGCUUAUGCCGUGCCAGACUUCCGACAAACCAGAACUCGUCCACCAGACAUGUUGCUGUUGACGCCCUCUUUUGCACAUCAUCUUGGGAUACAGACUCACUGGAACAGACGAAACCGAAAGCGCCUUCAUCCACGGGAGAGAGGAACUGGCGGCAGUUCUACAAGCACUGGUGGCAGGAGUUUCCUCUCAGUGUGA